AACCGAUAUGCCUCGGCCGACCAAGACAAAUCCCUAAUGGUAAGUGUGAAAAGUAGGAGGAGAAAGAGGAGUCAUGGAGCUCUGCAACUUGAAUCAAAACCUCUGGAGAUACCCUUUGCUAGAAGGAUUAUCAAAAUCCCAUGAAUUUUCGAGCUUUUCAUUUCUUGAAUUCUCAAGUCGUUUGAAGGCAAAAAGGUUUGGUCUUGGCAUCAGGGCAAAGUUCUCAGAAACACAAGCCGGUAAAGUGAAGGGAAGUUAUGGAGACACGGUGAAGAGGAAGGAGGUAAAGAAAGUGGGGAAGAACGAGCAUCAUUUGUGGAAGAAGAAUGACUCUGCUGGCUCCGGCCAGAAAGCACUUAAUCUUGUCCGAAUGCUCUCUGGACUCCCAAAUGAAAAAGAAGCUGUUUAUGGAGCUUUGAACAAAUGGGUAGCUUGGGAGGUUGAGUUUCCCAUCGUUGCUGCAGCUAAGGCUUUGCAGAUCUUAAGGAAGAGAAGCCAAUGGCACCGUGUGAUUCAAGUGGCUAAGUGGAUGUUAAGCAAAGGGCAAGGCGCUACAAUGGGAACAUACGAUACCCUCUUGUUGGCAUUUGAUAUGGACGAAAGGGCUGAUGAGGCAGAAUCUCUAUGGAACAUGAUCCUGCACACGCAUACGCGAUCCAUCCCGAGACGCUUGUUCGCUAGGAUGAUAGCUUUGUAUGCCCACCAUGACCUUCAAGAUAAGGUUAUCGAGGUGUUUGCAGACAUGGAGGAGCUGAAGGUGAGGCCGGACGAAGAUACAGCGAGGAGAGUGGCAAGAGCUUUCAGGGAACUAGGCCAAGAAGAAAAGCAGGAACUGAUACUUAGGAGGUACCUCUCUGAAUACAAAUACAUCUACUUCAAUGGUGAAAGGGUUAGAGUUAAAAGAUACUCUUCUGAAGAAGAUUGAGUUCUUUCUCAUGAACACACACAAACGUGUAUAUAUAUAUAUAUAUAUUACCCCAGAUACUAUCUUAUAGUGUUCAUUGUAAUUUAUUAUCUAUGGAUCAAAAUCUCUCAGUCACGGUAUAACAACAGUCUCACUUUAUCAUUUUUUAGCAUAAGACAAAACAGGGUUGGUAUUAAUUAUUAAGCUAAGCACUUACCAACCCUAUUCAUUCCGUCUU